UCCAAUCUCUCUCACACUUUAUAAAGAGUUUCUCGAGAAAAAGAAAGAAGGAAGAGAUCAAAGAAAAAGAGAGUAAAAAAUGGAGUGUUGCGGGAGGCCAAACAGGAGCGAUGUUCAUUUGUCCCAGGAGGAAGCCGCGAGAAUUGAGGAGGAGACGAGAGACUACUUCGAUGGAAUUGCUCCUAAGCGUCACGCCAAACCUAGCCGCAGUGAACAUUCUUCUCAAUACGUUGAUCCUCCCUCCGAUCGCCAGCAGGAAGACAUUCCUGAAUUUCUUAAGUUCCAACACCUCGAAAACGAUCCUCAGAAACUGGUUUACAGUGGGAGUGAAGUAACAGAGGAGUUUGUGGAGACAGAGUAUUACCAGGAUCUCAAUUGCAUUGACAAGCAACACCACACGACAGGAACUGGGUUCAUCAAAAUGGAGAAUGCAGACGGCAAAAGCUUCAAUCUGGCGGCUAAUUCUGCAACCUGCUGCCAGGCCUCUUCCAAGGGAAACCCAGCGACUAAUGACUGGAUUCCAGCUGCUGCUGAUAAGGUAGCUUUCUCUUCUGAUAAGCCAAACAGGAGCGAGAACUGAGAGGGGGAGCCGGGAGGGGUUAUGGAAAAUUAAGAAUAAUUGAACCCGUGGCUCGAUAUCGUCCUCCUAUUGAAUAAACUAGAUGUUAUUCUCCUUCUCUGCAUUUUGUUGUGGCAUUGUAGACUUCAUGUUAUUUGUUGUUGUCUCUGCAUUUCAUUGUGAACGUGUUGGGUUUUCAGGGUUUAUAAUAAGUAAGGUUGUAAGUGGAUUAUGUUAUUUUAUUUGGCAAUCUCAGUCUCAGAUGCUUUUGGUUUUUCAA